AAUAACUUGAACAAAUCCACUGCACCAACCACUGUCAGUUAAUGCACAUACAUGCACGUACGUUACUACGCAUGCACUCUGGCCACGUACUUCACAUGCAAACCAUGAAAAUCCCAGACCUACGUUACAAAUUUAAUGACUCUGAUUUCAUUCCUUUUUGACCAUAUCUCAACAAUGAAUGGAGUAAGAAUAUAAAUACCUGAGCUGCGGACGCACUAGUUCCUCACCCCAGCUAGCUCUUCACAAUAUACCCAAAGAAGCACUAGUGUUUAUCCUUCGUAACCAACACAAACUGCAGCAAGCCAUGGCUUCUUCUGCUCUCGCAGCUGUUUCCCCAUUGAUCUCGUCCUUGACAGCCUUCAAGAGCAAUGCCAGUACUGCUGCUAAUCCUACAUCCCUUCUUCUGCCCAACCAUCCCUCCCAAACUAGCUCUGUGAAGCGUCGUCCAAUCUCCAUCAAAGCUACCGUCAGGGAAGCUGCUUCAUGCAAAUCCUCUGGUAGCACUCUGGGUGGGGACUCUGGUAUCCUCGCCCUAUUCGGCAAAGCUGAUGAUCAUACCUUCUCGACUGACGGGGACUCUAGCUUGUGGGCGCCACCAGCGUUCGGCAAAGCUGGUCAUGCGGCCUCCUCAGCUGCAGGGGAUGCUGGCUUGAUCUUGGUGUUUGGAAAAACUGGUCAUAUUUCCUCAGCUGAAGGGGACUCUAGCCUGUGGGCGCCACCAGCGUUCGGCAAAGCUGGUCAUGCGGCCUCCUCAAUUGGCGGGGACGAAGGCUUCGUGUACCUUGUGUUUGGCAAAAGUGGACAUACCUCCUCAACUGGCGGGGACUCUGGCGUGUUUAACCCGCUCUUCUUCGGCAAAGCUGGUCAAACAACCUCCUUAACCGGAGGGGACGCUGGAUUGAUCCUCGUGUUUGGCAAAAGUGGCAAUACCUCCUCAACUGGCGGGGACUCUGGUGUGUUUAACCCGCUUUUUUUUGGCAAAACUGGUCAUACAACCUCUUCAACCGGAGGGGACGCUGGUUUGAUCCUCGUGUUUGGCAAAAGUGGCAAUACCUCCACAACUGGCGGGGACUCUGGUGUGUUUAACCCGCUCUUUUUUGGCAAAACUGGUCAUACAACCUCUUCAACCGGAGGGGACGCUGGCUUGAUCCUCGUGUUUGGCAAAAGUGGCAAUACCUCUUCAACUGAAGGGGACUAUGGCGUGUUUAACCCACUCUUCUACAACAAAGCUGGCCUCAUGACCUCAACAGGAGGGGACGCUGGCUUGAUCCUCGUGUUUGGCAAAAGUGGCAAUACCUCUUCAACUGAAGGGGACUAUGGCGUGUUUAACCCACUCUUCUACAACAAAGCUGGCCACAUGACCUCAACAGGAGGGGACGCUGGCUUGAUCCUCGUAUUUGGAAAAACUGGUCACAUGACCUCCUCAACUGGCGGGGACUCUGGUGUGUUCAACCCGCUCUUCUUCGGCAAAGCUAGUCAUACAACCUCCUCAACUGAAGGGGAUGCAGGCAUGAUGUUCGUGUUCGGCAAAACUGGUCAUAUUGCCUCCUCAACCGGUGAGGACUCUGGCUUGUACCCAAUGGCCCUGGUCGAUCAGCAAGCAUAGCUUCGCACAGAAGUGAUCACAUGAAGCUCCACCAGAUAGCAGGCAAAUCAUAUGUAUUUUUAUGUUUGUCAGUGUGUGUUUGAGAGAGUACUGAAGGCAAAGCCAGCAGUAGCUCCCUCCUGUCUUUUCAUUUCCAGUUGAGCUUCUGUUGCUCGUAGUUAUUUGUCGACCCGAUCGAAGCCUAUGCAUUAUGUGCGAUAAUGGCUUGUCUCAUUUAUGUUGUUAUAUGUAUCGUUCGUGGUAGAAAUUAAGUUCAGUUCCCAGUGAGUACUCAUCGUCGUUUCAUGAUCAAGACAUGCCAGCAUAGCCAGAAAUAUUCGGUAUCCAAAAGGGCAUUAAAAUAGCCAGUAAUUUUUACCGAGAUUACUAAAGUUUAAACUGAAUUUUCAAAGAAAGGAAAAUGAUUUAUUUAAACCGUUGAAUAAUGGGUUAGUGACUAAUAUCAUAUGAUCACUGUACAUAUCCUAUAUUACUAAGCAAGUGUUAGGGAUAAAUGUAAAAGUUAUAACAUAUUGUGAUCAUAUAGUAUAACGAAAAUAAAAAAUAAAAAGACAUAAGUUUUAAGAAUUCAAAUAAAAAUCCUUUUUAGAUAUGGCAUGAACAUACUCAAAACAACCCACUACAUUUCUUAUAGCAAAUACUAAUCUUGGCAGAAAUAUAAUUGUUGAUCUUUUUACCAGUUUAGAAUAUGGUGCAUAAUCACAAAUGUAUAAUAAGAUAUAGCUCAUUGAUUUUGAGUGGAGCGAAAUCUAACGAUUGAAAUUAAAAUACUUGUUACCAAUUUUUUUGUAUCUUCUCUGUUAUAAUGUGAAUUUCAAAAUUAUGGAACGAGUUCGUUGUGAUUUACUAAAUAAUUCAUUUUCGAUGUAUUACAAGAAUUUUUUUAUAACACUUGUUACCACCAUCGUACCACCUUUACUUUCAUUCAGAAUUUAAAAAAAUUGCAGAGAAGGAAUUAGUUCAUCGUGAUAUAUAAAUUUUAUGGAAAAAAAAUUUAGGACCAAAUAUACGUCAUAGGAUGGUAGUUGGUGAUGAAAUGUGGUGUAUAUAUAUAAGGCAAAUACAAUUUAUUAGCCCAAUUUUGCAAAUUAUUAUUCAAACCUUUCAAAAUAUAAAACAUCUGUCAAAUUUUAAUCAUAGCAAUUUAGUUAAUAAUAUUAAUUUGGCAACAUGAUACUAAUUUGGAAGAUACACGUGGAGAUUAGCAUUACAAAAUUUUAGUAUUUUAAUAACUAAAAAAGAGUUGAAAAUUUACUAAAGCAACAGACAAAGAGCUUAUAUUUAGAUACGUUACAAACAAAAUUAUUAAUAUUCUAUAUUUCAAAAAAUUUGACUAAUAACUUAAAAGAUUUGAAAAAUCUUACUAAUAAAUUACAUUAAUGAAGACGCCAACCCACCACCUCAAGGCCAUUUAAUAUUUAGAUCCUUCUAUUUAAUGCCCCUUAACUGCAGUUACAUGCACCAGCACCACGUACGCCACAUGCAUGCAAACCCACAAAACCCCGACGUUACAAAUUAAUGACCGCAACAAACUACAACGUAAAAA